GAAAAAGAAGCAGAAGAAGAAGCGCUUAGUAAACACAAGGCAAACGUGCCGGGGGAUUGUAUAAUUUAAUGUUUUUUCCGCAUUAUUUUUGGACUCUUUUGGAUUUCCAUGAUGUCUCAUCCUGACUCCGCCUCUACGACAUCACCUGGUAUAAAGCGCCCUCGUGUGGCAGGUCGGAGUAGUGCCGACGUGGAUGAUGAUUCACUCGUAAACACCAAACGUGUGAGUAGUGACCGCGCCGAUGGCGAGAACAGCGAGAAGGAGCGAGUGUUAAAGGAGGUCGGACUCACCAGCAGCACUUUCAUCGGUCCGGUAUUUCCUCCACGAGCCGGCGCAGUCAAGUCUGACAUCGAGGACUCGCUGAGCGAGUUUUACAAAGAGCUGGAGCAGAUUGAUACGCCAGACGGUGCUAACGUGAACUCAGGGACACGACCCACUCCCACCAGCCAGCACACAAGCCAGGAGAAUUUUAAUUACGCAAGCAAAUCUGCAGAAAUGGACAAGUCCUGGACUAGCAGUGGAGGGAGGCACCCAUCAUGGCCACACUGGUACCAAAAUGGACCGUACCAACCCAGGAGACCAAGGCCAGGCAUGGACCAGGCAUCUGUUUCCUCUCACAACCAGAGGCAUUAUCCACAACCAACGUACAGACAGCCAAACCCAAGAUUACACCCACCACCGUUCCACCCCCACUACCCACCUCCACCUACAUUCCCACAACCACAACAUGUGAAUCCAAACAGGGGCAGCCCAGGAGUGACAAACCACUAUCAAGAGCGGUCUCAUUUCCAAAGACCUCCAAUGUGUCUACCUCCAAAUGGGUCCAGACCUCACACUCAGGGCUAUCACGGAGAAGACCAUCCGCAAAACUUUGACAGGCACGACUGGGGUCGUAGCCACGACGCGUUCUCUGAUCACAGAAAUACGGGACGGUGUCAGUUUGACGAGGAUUAUAACGGUUGUGAGAGAUUUGGUUCAGGAAAUGAACUCUGGGAGCAACAGCGUCACUGCAGACCUCCUGAAAUCACUCACAGCUCCGCCCUGGUCCUGAUCCUCAUGAGGGGUUUACCAGGAUCCGGCAAAUCAACACUGGCCAGGGAGCUGCUCUCCACUGGUCCCUGUGGUCUCAUACUCAGCACCGAUGACUACUUUGACCUCGAGGACGGUUACAGAUAUGACCCGGGUCUCCUCGGAGCGGCACACGAGUGGAACCAGAGCCGAGCUAAAGAUGCCAUGAACGAUCAUCGCUCUCCAGUUAUUAUAGAUAAUACAAACAUCCAGGCCUGGGAAAUGAAGCCAUAUGUCCAAAUGGCUUUAGAGAAAGGAUACAGAGUGGAUUUUUGUGAACCUGACACCAGCUGGAAGUUGGAUCCUUUUGAGCUUGAGAAGCGGAACAAACACGGCGUUCGCCACGACAAGAUCGCGCUGAUGUCGGAGCGCUUCUCGUUUCCCGUGUCCAUCGACAUCGUCCUGAGUUCACAGGAGCCGCGCCGCGUCGUUCAGAGACAGCGCCCCAAGCAGCAGGAGGCGGCGGAGGCGACGAUGAGGAGGAGGGACAGACCUCUUCAUUAGUUUUAAGUUAAAGGUCCAGAGUGUAAAGUGUGACCGGCUCGUGCUUGUCGUACCGCGGCGCUCCGUGUUUGUGCUCUAACCAAAGCGAGAACGUUCCAUUCCAGUCGCUGCGAUUUCUCUCCAGGAGAUUCACCCUCUUUUGUGUUCUUUGAGCGUUCUCACCUCCUGUAUCCGUUCCGUUACCGUUCGUUCCCUCUUUUGACUAAAACAAGCGUGUACCACCGGAGUCUGGAUUAUUCCCAGGUCACGGGUGCAAAAACAAAAGUAAAAUCCCCAAAAAUAUUAGAGGAAAAUAGAAAUGAAAUAAGAAAAAUAGAACAUUUUGGGUCCGUUUUCCAUGCCCGUUCACGGAAACACUUUCUGUCGUAAAUGUUCACCAGGACUGAUGCGUUCGCUAAAUUUGAUGAGUUUUAGGGCCUGCUCAGGCCCUCAGAAUGUGAUUUAAUUUGGAGGAAAAAGAAGAAGAACUUCAGUUUCCACACCUUGUGCUCUCAGACCUUAAUAAAGAUGAGAUAAAAAAAUUAAACUGAGAAGAAAAUAAAAAUACUAGAGUGCAAUUUAUAGAGAAGUAGAAGAAAAAACACUUCAAAUAUAAUUAUGAAAGUAAACCGCUGAUUCUGAUCCGAUUGGAAUCAGAUUUGGCUGCGAAAUCUGAAGUGAGGACUCAAUCCAUGACUUUUUAUAAAGGAAUCGACUAAUCUAAUACUUAUAAUCGACAGAUUAAUGGAUUAUGAAAGGCAAUCGUUCAUUCUUUGUUGGUUUUUGCCUCAGGUUUAUGUGAAUGUCGCCUUUCUCCGUCGUUUGCACAGAAACCCACAAACUCAGGCUGCGGUUGUUAUAUGUCGCCACAAGAUGGCAGCGUCUGUAAAGUGAGGCUCUACAAGAGCUUUUUCUGCUGCAACAAAAUAACGAACCCAAGUUUUUAUUAUAAACGAUUUUACACGUAUGCAAACAUGUUCUACCAAUACAAGGUUUUUAAAAUUGUACACACUGGACCUUUUUAAGCAGCUUUGAAAGACAGUAUUUUUGAUAAGUCGUGUUGCUGCUGAUUUAAUAUACCGUGUAUAUAUACUUUUGUAUAUGGAGAUAAAUCUAUUUUUUGUCGGUUUUCUAAAGACAUGGAUAAGGGUGAAGUGUAAUGUAGGAAAUGUAAAAAACAAAAAGUCAGGAUCAUCUGCCUGAUGUUGUUUUAAUUGAUUUUAGUUGCUUUUUUUUAACAGAAAUUCUGAUGAAAGAGUUUCUUUGUUCAGGUUAAAUCACAAGUUUCAUAGUCAAAAUGUCAUAACCAUGAGACACUGACUCACUGUUCAUUUCUAUCACUGUUCAUUAGAAAUAAGUUUGUUUAUUGUCCUUUUUGCCUGUUUUGUACUUGAAAUUGAUGAUAAAUGAGCAGAAUCGAAAAAAUGUUUUUGCAUCUUUUUGGUUCUUUUUUUUCACGUCAAACAUAAAUGUUAUAUAAGUUAUAAACAUAACACAGUGUGAAAGCUCUGUGAGUUUCAUCGCAGUCAUUACCGCGUCUCACAGGAACGGACGUUUCACCGCUUCGGUCCCUCUGGUGUUCAUUAAAGCGGCACAAGCAGCUACUGUUGCAUCCAUUUUAACUCCUAAACACCUCAUCCGUAAGAAUCUGUGCGGCAAAAAGAUUUAUGGCCACAGAUUUUUGGUUCUUUUACAGGGAUGUUUGAGUGUUGAGCUGCUGCAUGUGACAGAUCUGGGUUGUUGCCCUUUCUUUCUCUUCCCUGCAGAAUCCACUGUUCUGCGCUUAAAAAUAGCAUGUGUGGUUUUGGCUCACAAAGGAUGAACAGUGGAGGGAGGAAUUUUGCGAUUGGACAUUUUGUCAGGCUGUAGUUUGUGAUUUUAUGACCAUAUU